AUGGGACCUGCUCGUGAUGAAAAACGCCACUUCCACGAGCUCGAACUCGCAAACUUUAUACCUCCGGACAUUUGCGAGGCACAACUCGACCGCCUACUGUACCAAAUUUAUUUGAUUUUAAAGUCAAAUGAAAAGGUAUUGAAGGGCGGCCAUGUAACGCUUUUAAAAUUAAUCGAAAAGCGUUACCCCAACCUGAGGAUGAGGAAUGGAAUUUUAUAUGGAUGCCGAGGAGAUCCAGCUGAUAAGGAAUACGAUGGCGACCAAUAUGAUAACAUCUUCCUCAAUAACAAUGCGGUCAAAAAAAUAGAAGUAAGGCUUAAAAACUAUUAUAAGGUUUACUAUUUAAGAUUUGCCUAUGUUCUUUUUAAGAACUAUUGGUCCAUUAACUAUUGAUAAAACAUUGAAUACUUUCUUUCAGAAUCCUCAAGAAGCGGUCCCGGUCUCAGAAAUUCUAUCAGAGGCCUUCCCCACCCCCUCCAGAAUUCCAAAAGCUUCUACCUCGCCAGAUUCGUUAGGAUCUAGCCCAAAGUCAAGGAAAUCAAGCAUAAGCUCAAUAAAUAAUGUGCCAUUUUCGUUUUUCGCACCGCUUAAGGUGCCAUUAGAUUCGACGGCGGAGAGUAUUCUACAGAUAUGUGCUGCAAAUAAGCACGAUAAAGGCGUUGGCAUAGUUGAAGAAAUUCGGGCUGAUGAAAUUCCAUUUCAACCGAAGCCAUGUCGUGCAAAAGUCGAUUGUCUUAACCCUAAAGUGCCGUUAAUCCACGUGAGAUCAUAUGAAGAAGCCAUGAGUCCGGAAGUUAAAAAUUUGUGCCUUGAAAACUCGAUCGCUAUGGUCAGAGGGUUACCUUCAACCCUCGGCAUUGACAGCUCUGUCUUCACUACAAAAACCAUCUUGGAAUUAGCUGCAAAAGAUGACUUGGAAUUAAGAGAACAAUGGUUCAUGCCAACGAGAACGAAUGUUGAUGAUGACGGGUCACAAACAUGGCGGUUUCAUUCAUUUAUAUGCCGAAGUGAUGUAAAGACAUACGCCGAAUAUCAAGGUCUUUCCUUCGAAAGCAUUGUUUGUGAGGCAUCGCGGUUUUUGGUUAAUCAAAGCGAAGUAAAAGUAAAAACAGAGCCGAAAAGCGAAGUUAAUUCGGAUGACGAGGUUGAUGACAAUGGUGUUAGGAAGAAGCGCCGGAAGUUGGCGACAAAUGGAACCAAACGGAACGGUGUUUUGAAGGAUAAGAUCUACUUUGGCACUAAUGUUGACUUUAGUACGCAAAAGUUUUAUCGACAAGUCAAUGUGAGUUUGUCAUUACUUUUUAAAAUCUACCCCUACCCCUUCCACCCUACUGUUAGCUUUGUCAUGUCAUACCAAUGGCCCUUGUUGAUACACAAUAUUACAAAUACCCAAAACAAGCGUGUCCAGUACAUCUAAGUAUAAGCGUAUGCUCUUUAAAUAUCAUUAAGAAAUUAAACUUUAGCACAAUUAUUCAAAUGCCAUUCUUUCUUAUAAUGAACCUUCUUACAGGAGCUGCAAAAGCUGCCCGGGUUUUGUCGGCUAAAAGAUGAGAACAAUUUCAUGUCGCAUUUGGGCUUCGAUCUUCGCGGCAUGAACACGGCUCAAUUUUAUAUGAAGAUGCCCGGCUGUAGGACACCAGCUCACUUGGAAAACAACAGCUUUUGCUCUGUGAACUUGAAUGCGGGACCUGGAGACUGCGAAUGGUUCGGGGUCUCGUACGAAUACUUUCCGCUGAUGGAUGCCAUGUGCAAAGAGUAAGCAGUAACAGUAAUUUUUGAUCAUAAUAUCAGUAUGGUCAAGCCUCUUUAGUAUGACACUACAGAGAAAUUUAUCCCGCCCUACCAUGCCUUUCCUUAACUUACCCUACCCUAUCCCACUCUACUCCUCCCUACCCUACCCUACCUUACACUAUCUUACUCUGCCUUGCCCUACCCUCGGUACAACUUCGAUAAUUUUCAGACGUAAAAUCGACUUUCUGAACAGUUCGUGGUGGCCCGACUACGACGACCUCAUGAAUGCGGGUAUUCCAGUGUAUCGCUUCACCCAGAAGCCGGGCGACAUCGUGUGGGUGUCGGGCGGCUGUGUGCAUUGGGUCGAAGCGAUCGGCUGGUGCAACAACAUUGCCUGGAACGUUGGACCUCAGUCCGUAUUCCAGUACAAGAUGAACUUGAUCUCGUCGGAAUGGAAUCGGAUACACAAGUACCCCUCGCUUGUACCGAUGCAAUACCUCAGCUGGCAGAUCGCCAAAGAGAUGCGAAUCGCGGACCGAGAGUUGUACGACCUCAUCAAAGGCAACCUGAUCCGCUCGUACGCCUACUGCCGGCACGUUUUGGAUUAUGUGGACUCGCGGGAUGACCUAUACCUCUACGAUUGGGAUGAAGACGUGGACAGUUCGGUUUCACAUUGUUGUAAGUGCACCGCCGAGGUGUUUAAUAUUUUGUUUGUGAAACCGACUGUAGAUGACCAGGGACGACAAUUGUAUGACACAUAUUGUGUCAAGUGUGUCAAGGCUGAACAUGACCCGAGCCUGGAAGUGUGGCAGUGCUACAAGUUGGAGCGGCUAGCCGAGACUUUAGAUAAUUUCAAAUUGUUUUGUUAG